GGUUACCGAACUUGCGAAUGUAAACAAAUACUGCGUGAAGCAAAAUUGAGACAACGACAAUUUGAUUCCACACUACUCUGCGUAAACAAUUACCAAGUACGUUUGUACUGAAAGAUUCGAGUCAACGAGAACGAAUUUCUUGAUUCGCUUUUUCGAUUCCUCGAGCUGACUGGGUUCUGAUUCGUGGACGCGGAGAAUUGAUUACGCAACACGCCAGCUUUCUUGAACCGUUUCAUCGUCGCGAUCACUUCUGCGGAUAGCAGAGGAGAAGACGUAAUCGUAUAGGAGGGAAAAGGAGGGGAAAGACACAGAGAUAGGGACGGAGAUAGAGAAUAAAUAUGGCAGAACAACAAAGGAAAAUCGAACUCCAAUCGCCAGAUGAUUUAAAAUACCUGGUCGCGAAUGUGAAGAGGGCGGCGCGGGAAAUGAUUGAUCGGGAUUUACCGCCGAUAGAGGGGGAAGAUGCGAUGCGGAGGUUGGUGGAGGAGAUUGUGGGAGAGUACAUACAUAAAACUUUCCUAACGGCCUCCCCGAGCAUUUCGAUAAAUGGCAUGGAACCCCAGCGCAAACUCAUAGAUGCCAAUCUCCAGCCGGAAGAAAAGGAUAAAGAUAUCAUUGAAGAACGCGAAGAACACGAACCUUUUGACGGACAGUUAUGGGAGAGAGCAAAGGCAUUAGCGGUUAAAGAGGAAGAAUUGGUGGAACAGAUUGCUGCGCUGAGGAGAAAUGUACCGGCGGUGGUGGUGGAGAGAGAAGGAAGGUGGAAGAAGGGGGUGGAGGAGGAAGAGGGGGAGAUUGAGGGGUGGAGGGAGAAAUUAGGGAUAGAAGAUGAAGCAAUUUUCGCGGAAGGGGGGAGUGGAUUGGGUUUGGAGAGGAAUGAGAGGAUGGUGGAGGUAGAAGGAGAUUGGGAAAAGGGGAUUGGUGGGUUGGAGGGGCUGUUUAGGGGGUUGCCCGAGGUAGGGGCUACGAGGGACAGAGCGGGACGGGCGGAGGAAUACGUUAAAGGGACGGGGAAGAGAGGUUAGGAUUGUGGGAAUUGAAUUCUAUGGGGAAAAACCUUCGUUUGAGAGAAAUGGAAUGAGGCGUUUAGGUGUGGUUUUUCAUGGAUACUGGAAGAUUAUACCCGGAUUUUGAUUAGUGUUUUAAACGAAUGAAUGAAUGGUCA